AUGCCUUAUGCUCAGGCACCUAUCGGAGACCUGCGAUUCCAUUAUCCUCGUUCUAUCAACGUCUCGUGGAAUCAUAUUCAACCUGCACUUGAAUAUGGGCCUCAUUGCAUUGGAUACGGAGACCACCAAGAACAAUUCAAGAAAUCGGAAGAUUGUCUCACAUUGAACGUUGUCCGCCCUUCGAGCUAUAAGCAAGGGCUUUUGCCUGUUGGUGUAUUUAUAUACGGGGGAGGGCGCCAUGGGGGAGGAUCAGGCGACGGCAGGUAUAAUUUGUCAUACUUGAUAUCACAUGCGGCCGAGGAGAAUCUUUCGUUUAUUGGAGUUUCAUUCAACUAUCGGUCAUCGAUAUGGGGGUUCAUCUCUGGGGACCAAAUCAAAGGUACCCGUAACACAAAUCUGGGAUUACACGACCAAAGAUUAGCCCUGCACUGGGUUCAAGAAAAUAUCGAAGCUUUUGGAGGAGACAAAAGUCGGGUGACAAUCUGGGGAGGCAGCUCCGGUGCUGACUCUGUUGGCCUCCAUCUCACUGCAUACGGUGGACGCGAUGAUGGCUUGUUCCGAGCAGCCAUUAUGCAAAGUGGAGGUCCAAUUGUGAAGACAUCUUAUUCAUCGUUCACCCCGGAAGAAAUGUAUCAGAGGCUCUCAGUGGCCUCCAAUUGCAAAGACGUGGAGAAUUCUUUGGAAUGCUUAAGGCAUAUUCCACUCAAUGAUAUAGAUGCAGCCUUCAAUGACUCUGCACAGGCUAACAGCCAGAUGAUGGCCAGUUUUGCCAUUCCAACUCUAGAUGGAAACUUUGUUGAAGGAUAUGGGAGCUUAGCAAUAACAGAGAGACGAUAUGUACCAGUUCCCAUCCUCAGUGGAAUUGUCUCCAGUGAAGCCGCAACAUGGAUCCCGCCUCAAAUAUCCACAUGGAAAGACUUGGCCAUCUUUUUAACUGAAGAUAGCGGCUACCCCAGCUCAGUCAGCGAAAGACUUUUAAGCUAUUACCCGGAAAGUGGCGUCGCAGAGACUCUCGAACCUCCCAUAGGCUCUAUUUCCGACAAGGAUACUUUUGAAAGAGUGAAAACAGUUAUUGGAGACAUCGAAAUGAACGCAGCGCAACGGCUGGUUUGCGAGAGUUUCUCAACUUCUGCCACUUGUUUUAACUUUAUCUUCAAUGCGACACCAGCCUGGCAGCGUGACUCUCGGGUAGGCGUUCCUCAUGGUGCUGAGAUUGCCCCUAUUUUUCAGAAUCUUGAUGGACUGGGGUUUGACGGGAAUUCAUUCCAUGGAAAGGGGCCUGGUUACUACGAAAUGUCGAGCUUGAUGGGUACGAUGUGGGCUGGCUUUAUCACGACUUUAGAUCCAAAUGCGGGAUUAAAGCAAGGUGUUUAUAAUUGGCCUAAGUAUGAGUCAGUGAACAGGGACACAUUGGUAUUCGACGAAGUAAACGUUGGGUUGACUAUUCAGGAUACUUAUCGUGCGGACGCCUUGCGAUACAUUAGCGAGAACUUCGCUGGGGUAUUUGAUAAAUAA